AUGGAAGCUUUAAAAAAUCUGCAACAAAUUGGUAGUGUUAAGGACUAUCAAGCAGAAUUUGAUAGGUUGUUGACUGGGAUUAAUUUGUCUAAUGAAAAUGAAAUUAGUUGUUUCUUAGGUGGCCUUAAAUCAGAAUUGAAUAAAGCUGUGAGAAUUCAAUCACCUAGAACAUUGCUACAUGCCUACAGAAUUGCAAGAUUGCAGGAGGAGGUGUUUAAGGCUCAAGCUCAGUCUUGGGGUCUCAAGCCUGUUAUGAGAACCAACACUGGCAUAUUACCUACCCCUAAUCACAAUAAACUCCAGUAUAACCAAAAGAACCUAUUACCAAGCUCCACUAACAAAAAGCCUUUUGAACCUAACCUUACUAAGAACACUAGAAUUCCUGGUAGGAGGUUGAGCACAGCUGAAAUGGAUGAGAGGAGGUCGAAGGGAUUAUGUUUUUCUGUGAUGAUAAUGGAGGUGACAGAAGAUGACGAGAUGGAAGUAGAGGAACCAGAAAAUAUGACACAAGAAUUACUGGUGGAUUCAAAUGAGUUCAUGGCCAUAUCUUUACAAGCAUUUACAGGUGCAGCAGGUUAUCAGACUAUUAUAGUUACAGGAUACCAUGAGAAGAGGCCUUUACAAGUGUUGAUAGAUACUGGGACCGAUGGUAGAAAAGUGCAGACUGCUUCAGUUUGUAAGGACUUGCAGUGGUUAUUACAAGGUACCAAUUUUUCCUCUGACUUCUUACUAUUACCAUUGGGAAAUAUAGAUAUUGUUUUGGGUAUGCAAUGGUUGAAUACCUUGGGAAGGAUACUGUUUGAUUUCAAAAAGAGAACAAUUGAAUUCAUGUAUCAAGGAAAGAAGCAUGUUCUUAGGGGUGCAAAUGAUCAACUUAAGGCUGCUAAAGCUAAAAGUUUGGUAAGAAAAGAGGGAGCAGAUGCACAAUUUUUCAUGAUGUCCUUAGUAGCCAGUAGAGAUGAAGACACUUAUUGCCACAGUAUACAAGCUACACCAAGAUCUGAUCCCUUGCCAGAUUUAAUAGCUCUUAUUAAACAGUAUGCAUGUAUCUUUGAAUUACCUACUACUUUACCACCUCACAGGGGAUCUUAUGAUCACAGAAUACCUCUUAAGGAAGCCUCUAAUCCUGUUAAUAAGAGACCUUACAGGUAUCCUGGAAUCAAGAAGGAUAUAAUUGAAAAGUUGGUACAAGAAAUGCUAGAUCAAGGGGUAAUACAGCAUAGUACCAGUCCAUAUGCAUCUCCUGUAGUGUUGGUUGGGAAGAAAGAUGGUAGUUGGAGGCUUUGUGUGGAUUACAGGAGCUUGAAUCAAAUGACUAUCAAAGAUAAAUUCCCUAUUCCCAUGAUUGAGGAUUUACUUGAUGAAUUAAGUGGAGCUGAGAUUUUUUCCAAAAUAGAUCUUAGAGCUGGUUACCACCAGCUAAGAAUGGCUGAAGGAGACAUCAACAAAACUGCAUUCAGAACUCAUGAGGGACAUUAUGAAUUUUUGACUGUGACUGCUCAUGUGGAUCAUGUGAUGGCUGUGUUUGAACUGAUGAAGCAGCAUCAACUAUAUGCCAAAAUGUCAAAGUGUGCAUUUGGAGUGGCUAAGGUCGAGUACCUUGGCCAUUUUAUCAGUGCUGAGGGAGUGUCUACAGACCCAAAGAAAAUUGCUGCUGUACAGGAAUGGCCUAUACCUGUUAAUAUCAAACAGUUGAGGGGAUUAUUAGGUCUUGCAGGCUAUUAUAGAAGAUUCAUUCAAGGCUUUGGGACUAUUUGUAGACCACUUCAUGAUCUAUUGAAGAAGGAUAGCUUUGUGUGGACUGAUGAAGCUACCACUGCUUUUAACAGUUUGAAGCAGGCCCUAAUUUCUGCCCCUGUGUUAGCUAUGCCUGAUUAUUCUAAACCUUUUACAGUGGAGAUAGAUGCUAGUGGCAAGGGCAUUAGAGCUGUAUUGAUGCAGCAAAGGCAUCCUAUUGCUUACAUAAGCAAAUCCUUAGCUCCCAGGCAUCAGAUUCUAUCAGUCUAUGAUAGAGAGUUAGUUGCUCUUACCUUUGCUGUCACUAAGUGGUCGCACUACUUAUUGGGCAAUUAUUUUAUUGUUAAGACAGACCAAAAAGCAUUGAAGCAUUUAUUGGAACAACAGUAUAAGAAGGGGUCGGAGAACAAAGCUACAGAUGCAUUAUCAAGAAAGCCAGAUGCUGAACUUUUAGCUAUUUCUUUACUCACUCCUAAUAAUGCCUUAUAUGCACAGAUUAAGUCAUCAUGGAGCAAUGAUCCAAUUCUACAGGAGUUAAUAGCUAAACUACAAGUUCAACCUUACAAGGCCUACACUUGGUUUAACAACCAACUUAGGUGGAAGGGCAGAUUGGUUGUGGGCAAUGAUCAAUAG